GCAACAAGUGAAGCACGACACAACCACCACCUCAACACAGUGUCUGGUCUCAGCAGUGACCGUGACGGCGUGUUUAAUAACGUUGCUGAAUCCUUUGUUAAGUUGAAGACUUUUCCACAUUCUUCUUCUCUUCUCACCCACUGCACAAUGCAACUGUGCGAACUACUUUGAUGGGUAUGGCGACACGUGUCCCCUUUAUCUGUGCUGCCACUACCCCCAACCACUGUCAUAAAUACUGCAUGGUGCCACCGUCACUUCCUCUACCGGUUUCUUCCUCCUCGUCAUUAAGGCUUCCCUCUCUCUCUUUUUCUCAUUCUUUUUCGUUGUCUCUUAACAAAGAGGGUGUGAAGAGGGUGGGAAGGAGAAUCAGUGUUGUGGCCAUGGCUGAGUCUGGGAAGAGCACUGUGCUUGUUACUGGAGCGGGUGGUCGCACAGGACAAAUAGUUUACAAAAAAUUAAAAGAGAGACCUAACCAAUAUGUGGCUAGAGGUCUAGUUAGAACAGAAGAAAGCAAACAGAACAUUGGUGCUGCAGAUGACGUUUUUGUUGGGGAUAUAAGAGACUCCGAAAGUAUUGUUCCUGCAAUUCAAGGUAUAGAUGCUCUUAUAAUUCUCACAAGUGCAGUGCCACAGAUAAAGCCUGGGUUUGAUCCAACCAAAGGACAAAGACCAGAGUUCUAUUUCGAAGAUGGUGCAUAUCCUGAACAGGUUGACUGGAUUGGGCAGAAAAAUCAAAUUGAUGCUGCUAAGGCUGCUGGAGUGAAGCAGAUUGUGUUGGUAGGGUCUAUGGGUGGAACAGACCUUAACAAUCCUUUGAACAGCUUGGGUAAUGGGAAUAUAUUGGUUUGGAAAAGGAAGGCUGAGCAAUACCUGGCUGAUUCUGGCAUCCCAUAUACAAUUAUAAGGGCUGGUGGCUUGCAAGACAAAGAUGGAGGUCUUCGGGAACUAAUUGUAGGGAAGGAUGAUGAGUUUAUCAAGACUGAUACCAGAACCAUAACUAGAACUGAUGUUGCAGAAGUCUGCAUUCAGGCACUAAAUUUUGAGGAGGCUAAAUUCAAGGCAUUUGACUUGGCAUCAAAACCUGAGGGAGCAGGUUCAGCAACCAAGGACUUCAAGGCUUUAUUUUCCCAGAUCACUACUCGCUUUUGAUUUUGAAUGGGAUUGUUCUCAUGGUCUUAAAUUCCUUCUUGUCUACAUUUGGGGUUGAAUUACAUGGCUAUUAAUGCUAUCUGAAGAAAUUUACAUUGUGUCUUGUUAAUUCAGUAAAGGAUUGGUUAAGACAAAUUAUAGACCUACUUCACCAGUACAGUACUACAAGCCUUGAGAUCAUUUCAUUCUCUUCAUGUUAUCAAGUGUAACUCUUUGCAAUUUCUUUCUAAAAGUGAUUUUUUAGAGUUUC